AUGCCACGCCAUGGAGAUGCUACGGAAGGCGAGAGCUCACUUGCCGCAAGCGGAGCAGUGAAAGGACCUGGAGAUGCCGGAUAUCCAGGUACGUUCCCAGUCUUGAAUAAGACCAAUUAUCCAGUGUGGGCGAUGCAUAUGGAACUGCACUUGGAGGCUCACAGCUUAUGGGAUGCUAUUGAGUCGAAGACAAUAGCAAGGAAGAAGGAUAGGCAAGCCCUCUCUGUGAUGCUCGGAGCCGUGUCCGAAGACAUCCAGACACAACUCGACAUCGCAAAAAUGGCAAAAGAAACUUGGGAGCUUUUCAAAGCGACAUAUGUGGGAGUGACCCGUCUCACAAAAUCGAGACUUCAAGGUCUCAGGCAAGAAUUUGAGAUGUUUCAAAUGAGGGAUGAUGAAGCUGUGACAGACUUCGCCAAAAAACCGUCACGAGUUGUCACUCAAAUCAGAAAUUUGGGUGAAAAGUUGGAGGAAGGUGUUGUUGUUGCCAAGCUACUUCGAGUAACACCAAGGAGAUUUAAUCCAAUUACGGCGUCUCUCAAGCAAUUCGGCGGCAUCGACUCCAUGCCAUUUGAAGAAGCAGUGGGAUCUCUUAAGAUCUACAAAGAGAAACUCAAGUCUCGUCAGCAGAAAAGGGAAGAACAAGUCCUGUUUUCUCACGAGAUUGAGAAAACAAAGGGUGGAAAUCCUCGCAGUAGAGGACGUGGUCGAGGUCAUGGGCGUGGCCGAGGAAGAGGAAGGAGCAAUGGGAGAGGCUCGGAUGAAAAUUGGAAGCCUGAUGACAAAUCCACAGUGAAAUGCUACAACUGUGACAAAAUGGGACACUUCUAA